CCGGAUGGCAAACCGGAGACUAGCCUGUCAUCACGCAGAGGCCCUAAUCCCCGCCCCCGGCGGUCCGCCGCAAGCCCUCGGGUGCCGGAGUGGGGUGAGUGGGGCGGGGCGACACGCCCCUCCUUGGUUACGAGCCGCGCGACUGGUGGUGUGUGGCUGCGGCUUCCGCAAGGCUUGGGGUCUGAACCUGGUGAGUAUCUGCAGGCCAGGAGCAGACUACGUCUCUCCAUCGCAAUCCCUUCCUCUGGGAGCCGGGGUGGAAGAUGGACCCGGAGGAGCAAAUGCACUAUCGGACUGCAGUUGGAGGGAUGUCCUUGUCGGCUGGGGCAACUGCCUGGGGGCCUUCUGUUUCUCGGGGCUGACGGUGGCGGAUGUUGGGGCAGAGCGGCAACGCGGAGGUGGUGGUGCGGCGGCGAGGUUCCCGGGCUCUGGCGGCGGCCACCGGUCCUUGUGAACAAAGGAGAGGAAUGGGGAGAAGUUUCGUAGAGUCCUAAAGUGCCCCUUGACCGUUGCGGGUUGGCUGUAGAGCUCCCGGAUCUCAGGCAGUCCCUGACCCGCGCUGUACAUAGAAACCGUUGCUACUGCUGGAGGAUGCCGUUUCCUUCCGGUCUCUGGCUGCAGGUGGCGCCCAGCCCUGUGGAUGCUGGAAAGAACGUGCCUAGGUGGAAGAAAACCAUUUUUCGUGUUACUAACCCGUUGCAGUUUGUGCUGGAGCCAUGACUGCCAAAGAUUAUCCAUUAUUGUGGGGCUUUGGAACAACAAAAACAUUUAAAAUACCUGUUGAACAUUUGGAUUUCAAGUAUAUUGAAAAAUGUUCAGAUGUUAAACACUUGGAAAAAAUUCUUUGUGUGCUCAGGUCUGGUGAGGAAGGAUAUUAUCCUGAACUUACUGAAUUUUGUGAAAAGCGCCUUUCAGGCUUGGCUCCUGGAAGUAGAGCUUUGAGGAGAGAGAAACCUGCAGCGACAGCAGCCAGUUUCACACCAGAAGAAUGGGAAAAAAUUGACGGUGAUAUAAAGAGUUGGGUAUCAGAAAUUAAAAAAGAAGAUGAUAAAAUACACUUUCAAGAAAAUGAAACAUUUCCAGCAAUGGAAGAUAAUUUGCCUCCAGUUCGUGGUUCAACCAGCCAUCUUCAUGUUGCCAAGGAAAAAAAUUCUAAAAGUAGACCAGCUAAAAAGAAAAUUCCGAGGGAUUAUGCAGAGUGGGAUAAAUUUGACGUGGAAAAGGAAUGUGCGAAAAUUGAUGAAGAUUACAAAGAAAAAACUGUAGUAAACAACAAGUUGCAUUUGUCUAAAAUUGAGACAAGACUAGAUACAGCAGGUCUAACUGAGAAGGAAAAGGAUUUUCUUGCUAUUCAUGAAAAGGAGAAAGGUAAUGAAGCUUUUAACGCAGGAGAUUAUGAAGAGGCUGUGAUGUAUUAUACUCGGAGCAUAUCAGUGCUUCCCACGGUAGCAGCCUAUAACAAUCGUGCUCAAGCAGAACUCAAAUUACAGAACUGGAAUAGUGCUUUUCAGGAUUGUGAAAAGGUCUUGGAGUUAGAACCUGGGAACUUAAAGGCUCUUCUGCGCCGUGCCACUACGUAUAAACAUCAAAACAAGCUCCAGGAAGCUAUAAAAGAUUUGAAUAAAGUACUGGCUGUUGAACCUGAUAAUGAGUUGGCCAAAAAAACCUUGUUAGAGGUUGAAAGAGAUCUGAAAAAUUCUGAACCUGCAUCUGAGACUCAAACCAAAGGGAAAAGGAUGGUUAUUCAGGAAGUAGAAAACUCAGAAGAUGAAAAUGAAAAGGACAGUGGAAGAAAACAUGAAGAUGGCAUUGGAGAUAACCAGGCCGCGGAGCCGGCGCCUGCCGGGCGCGCCGCCGAGCCGCGCGCCAUGGGCAACAUCCAGAAGAAGCUGACUGGCAAGAGCGAGGGCGGCAGGCGGCCGCAGAGGGGCGCGCCGCGGCGGGGCCGGGCGCCGGAGGCCGGCGCGGACAAGCGGGACCGGCCGCGGGCCCCGGCGACGGCGGGCGGCUCCAAUGGGCACCCGGGCGGCGGGCGGCGCUCGGGGGGCCCCGCGGCCAGCGCGCCCCCUGGUCCCGGCGCGUCACCCGGACCUGGCGCGCCACCGGCGCCGGCGCCCGCCGCCCCAGUCGGCCCCGCCGGCCUGAAGAGCCAAGGCAACGAGCUCUUUAAAAACGGGCAGUUCGCCGAGGCGGCUCUCAGGUACUCGGCGGUGAUCGCGCAGCUGGAGCCUGCAGGAAGUGGAAAUGCAGAUGAUCUAAGUAUCUUAUAUUCAAAUAGAGCAGCAUGUUACCUAAAAGACGGAAAUUGCAGUGGCUGCAUUCAAGAUUGUAACAGGGCUCUGGAACUUCGUCCAUUCUCAAUCAAGCCUCUUCUUCGACGAGCAAUGGCCUAUGAAGCUUUAGAGCAGUAUCAGAAAGCUUAUGUGGAUUAUAAAACAGUGUUGCAAAUAGACUGUGGAAUCCAGAUAGCAAAUGACAGUGUUAACAGGAUAACAAAAAUCCUAAUGGCCCUGGAUGGACCAAGCUGGCGGGAGAAGCUGUCGCCCAUUCCUGCUGUGCCCACUUCUGCACAGUUGCGAGCUUGGCGGCCUGUGGCAGAGACGCCGCCAGACCAAGUGGGAGGUUCCUGCAGCCAUCACCAACCGGGCAUCACAGAAGGAAGAUGCCGGGAACUUCUGCCAAGGCUUUUAGAUGGUUCAGCAGUCCUGGGGAAAACAUGGAGAUCUCUAGCUUCUAGAAUCCAUUAUGAAUGGGGCCUGGCACAAAGCGUUUACUCAGUAAAGGAUGAAGAAAUGUUUAAAACCCUUAAAGAAGAAGGAAAUCAAUGUGUAAAGGACAAAAACUAUAAAGAUGCCCUUAGUAAAUACAGUGAAUGCUUAAAAAUUAACAAGGAAUGUGCCAUUUAUACAAACAGAGCCCUCUGUUACUUGAAGCUGGGCCAGUUUGAAGAGGCAAAGCAGGACUGUGACCAGGUGCUUCAGACAGAUCUCGGGAAUGUGAAGGCAUGCUAUAGACGAGCUCUUGCUUACAAAGGACUCAAGAAUUAUCAGAAAAGUUUAAACGAUCUCCAUAAAGUUCUCCUACUAGACCCAAAUAUUAUUGAGGCAAAAAUGGAACUGGAGGAGGUAACCAGAACCCUGAGUGUUCAGGAGAAUGCAGCAUUAUUCAACAAAGAAAAGGAGAGAAGGAAAAUUGAGAUUGAAGAGGUGAAUGAAGGCCAGAAAGAGGAGCCUGAAAGGACCUCGGAGGACGUCUCCACUGACUCCCGUGCUUCUGAGAUGGGGGACACAAGCAACGGGCCACGAGAAUUCUAUGAGAAACUACCAAUCCCCAAGCCUAACAAUGCCUACGAAUUUGGCCAGGUUAUAAACGCAGUCAGUACUAUGAAAGAUAAAGAAGCCUGUGCACACCUGUUAGCCAUCACUGAACCGAAAGACUUGCCAGUGUUGUUGAGCAACAAACUUGAAGGGGAUACAUUCCUGCUCCUCAUCCAGUCUCUGAAAAAUAAUCUUAUGGAUAAAGAUCCUUCUUUGGUAUAUCAGCAUCUUUUAUAUCUGAGUAAAGCAGAAAGGUUUAAAAUGAUGUUGACACUGAUUAGCAAGGGCCAAAAGGAGCAGAUUAAACAGCUCUUUGAUGACCUCUCAGACACACCAAACAAACAUUUUACUUUAGAAGACGUGCAGGCCCUCAAAAGGCAGUAUGAGCUUUAAAUAAAGAUUAUUGUUAGAUUUCUUCCAUGCAUGUAUGUGUCCCAGUAAUGCUAAUGAGUAAUUAGCUAAUGCUAAUUGUAAUAGAGUUGCAUGGAUAAAACCUGGCUUAGAAAAGAUCCCUUGGUCUGGACUAUAAACUAUUUUACUUAUUUUUAUACAUAGAACACAUAUAUUCUACAAUCUGCUUUUUAUUAGUUGUAAAUAUUUUCUUAUGUACCAGAGCUAACAUCUUUAUAUUUAAUAAUAAGUAUAUCUGGAACUCGUUAAGAUGCAUUUUAAUUUAUAUUAUACAUUUUCUUUUAAUAACUGACUUGUUAAAAUUUUGAGUUAAAUUACACUUCUUUGGGUAUGAAGGAGUCCUGUUAAGUUUGAUAGAAAUGUAUUUCUUUACAGUUCAUUUUUAAAAGUGAAAAUCAUUAACAGUGAUUAUUACAUCACUUUUAUUUCCUGCUAAGAUAUAUAUAUAAAUCCCAUUUUAUACUACUUGUGGAUUACAGGCCUCUAAGAUGAAAUGUAACACUUAAGUCUAUAACAUGAAAUGAUUAUUAAAUAAAUUGUGAUUAUUAAUUUAGA